GUAGGGAAAGGACAGAGACUAGAUCAAAAAAGCUUACAUACAACAAAUUCAUGUUCUUCUGCAAAUGAUCGGAUGAUGAAUGCGCUCCCGCUUAAAUAUCUUGUUGGCUUUGGCCUUGAGGAAUAUAAUUUUUAUUUUGAGUCUUUCUGAGCGCCUGAAGAUUAAUCGCUGUGUUUUCUCCGGUGCAUUGCUUCAGAAGAAUUAAAAUUGUUGCCAUUGAAGCAAAAGCUUGCAGAAUAGUGUAAACCUGACAAAUUGAAGGAAAAUUUCAGUUAAUUUGAAGGCCUUGUAAUUUUGUGAAGAUCAAAAAAUGCGCGGAAGUGGCCUUUUCAUGCAUUUUCUGCAGGGGAUCUUGUGUUAAAUAACUUGCAGCUUUUCCCACGGGUUGUGUCAUCCUUCAGGCCUGUAACAAUUUGGUCUGCAAGACAGUUUGAAAUUUUCGCAGUGCUUGGCGGUAUUGAAAUCAGAGCAUUAUAUAUAUAGCCGUUAAUUUUGAAACAAAUAAAAGAUCAGUGCGGUGUAUUCUGAGUUUUUUAAGCUCCCUGUAAGGAAAUUCAAAUUCUGAAGUGGGUAGUUGGUCGGUGGUAAAUAUUAUUUAUCUUGCACGAGGUUUUUUUUGGUUUUUGUUUUUGUAGCAUUUUUGGAAGGCCAGUUAAGCAUCGAGCGUCUUCGCAAGGAUUUUGUAAUAUCUUCAAAAUCACAGAAAUUAUUGUGCCAGGAGGCCAAGGUUUGUAGUGCAGAUAAAAAAGAGUAGAAGAAAAUUAGUGUGUGAAAUAACGAUGAAUCAUCUGCCGCUGAGUACCGCGCUUCCACCGAGAAAACGAAGAGCUUCUCUGCGUCGAAAGCAAGCGGGAAGAGCUUCUUUCCGAGCCAGUUAGGCAAAGUUAUGCUGUUCUGAUAUUUGAAUUUGGCCGAAUUAAAAGACAUAAUAUUCAGAACGAGGAAAUGAGCGUGAUUUUACAAGACAACCUGAAAAGUCUCUGCCACAAGAAUGGAUGGUGUUAUGCCGUUUUCUGGAAGCUUAAGCGGCGAGGUCGCAUGUUGUUGACAUGGGAAGAUGGAUACUAUGAAUUUGCAAAAUCAUCUUUUGCCCCAAAUGAUUAUUCUUGUAUCGAAUCACUUUUUGACAAAUUUGAAACUGGAGGUAGUUCACAUGACUACGACAUCUGUGGUCAAGAGUUACGCUCCAUGAAAGAUAAAAUUGGUCUGGCUGUGGCCAAGAUGUCGUACCAGAUUUAUUCACUUGGAGAAGGUGUUGUUGGACGUGUUGCAUUCACGGGAAAACAUCAAUGGGUUAUUAGACAAAAGAAUUGCAUGAUAACUGGUCAAAUGCUUGAGUGUCCAACUGGAUGGCAGAAUCAAUUUGACUGUGGAAUCAAGACAAUAGCGGUUGUGGCUGUAGUACCACAUGGUGUGGUGCAACUCGGUUCCAUGCAAACGAUUAUGGAGGAUGUGGAAUUCAUAAGCCACAUACGAAAUGUCUUUGGUAAUCUUCAAAAUAUUCCAGGAGCAUUUCAGCCUGACUAUUUACAAGAACCUUUAAACAGGAAGAUUCAAGGCUCUGUUUUUCCAUCAUUUUCAACAAAACCAACAACAGAUGGUAAUCCCUACCAGAUGCCGAUAAGUGCUUCAAAUUAUUUUCAAGAUCAUCUUAAUAAACCUAAUUUGAAAACUCAAGAUCCCAACGUUCUUGAUGGAUUUGGUGAUCAUUGUAGUAUAAGUGAAUUGGAUAAGAAGAUUCAGGCUAAACCUUGUUUAGUGUCUUCCCAAAACAUAUCCAGUCCUUCAAUAGAAAUAUCAAAUCAACACUCUGAAUUGCAGCAAAAGCAUGAGAAUAUAAACAGCUUUAGUUGUUCUGUUACCAUUGAGAUGGGAACUUGUUGUGACGAGAUCCUUGAAAUUGAAUUGCAAGAGUUUUCGAAUGGCCUCAUUGAAGAAGACAAUCAAGUUGAGAUAUUGAGUGAAGAGCUACAAAUUAUCAUAAGUGAGCCCAGAACUAAAAUGGAAGAAACAGGGAUUUUACCAAUGGAAACAAUAAGUCAUUUUCAAGGAAUGCUGGGAAUAAAUAAGUCCUUAGCUGAUAAUCAAUGUGCACCGCUCACUGGUUUGGGCAUAAGAAACAACAACCUUGGAAUUAUGGAGCAACAUUUGCAGAUGCCUGGCACUUCUACUGUAGUGCAAUAUGAGUCUAAUAACAUGUUAGCAGCUCUGCAUGAAAUAUCUACCUUGAACUCUAAUAUUUAUCAAGUUGAAUCAAAAACUGAGAGGGAACCAUCUGAAAUUGCUGGUCAAGAACUGUUUGGAGAAGCAAUGGUUGCAGUGAGGACUUCUAGCAUAAAUAAUUUACAUGAGAAAAAUAUGCUACCACCUGCUUCAGCACUUCAGUAUGCUGCUAGUCAGUCUGAAUCUUCAGCAUCAUUGAGUCUGAUUCCAUUUACAAACAAGUCAACUGGGGUAAACACAAGUCCUUUGCCUAAGGUGGAGGUGAAUGUCGAAUGUGUUUACAGAUAUCCUACAAUUUAUUCAGGCUGCAUUCAAACUUGUGCUUUUGAUUGUGGGGAGAAUUUCAUGAGUCAUCUCAGUGUGGGAUCACCAGACUUGUUAGACAGUGGUCUUUUAACUUCUGAACCAGGUAAAAUAGAACAGCAGCCUUGGCUUGAAGAAAGUAGUCAGAAAUAUGAGGCUGUCUUCUCUGAGGACGGUUUAGUUGAAACACUGAACUAUGCAGAAGGAAGUUUUGAAGAUUUAGAAUCUUUCUCUCAAAAUCAUUUUGUCAUUAGAUAUGGUCACUGUGAUUCCAGUGAGGAUGUACCCAGUGACUGUAAGCUUUUAAAAUCAGUCAUUAGAGACCAAGACUAUCUGCCAAAUGCAGUUUCAAAACCUUUUGAAAUGGAUAAGGCAUUUCAAACAUUGGAAUCAGCCUUAGUAACAAAAACAGAUACAGAUGCCAGGGAUGAAAACUUGUUGUUGGAAAGGAAACUACCAGAAUUGCGUUGUCUUCCUCAAUUAUAUGGAAUUUCGUCUGGUUCAACUUGUCACUCUGUUGUGACACAAUGUAUCAGUCCAUCUAUGGAUACAGAUAUGGAGGGAGGUCUUUCAUAUGAAACUAACUCUGAACAUCUUUUAGAUGCAGUAGUGGGUAAUUUAUAUUCAAGAGCAAACCAUGGUACAGAUGACAAUGCAUCCAGUAAGAUGACAUCCUCAGGAUUAAGUACCAUGGGUGUUCUGUGUAGCCCAUCUGUUAGAACUGAUACAUGCUUGGUAGGGCAAGCAGAUGGGUUGAAACAAACAGAAUUUAUAGUUGCCAGCCCUUCCCAGUGUAUGUUAGAUAAAGGAAACAUACAUAACUUUUGUAACAUUGAUAACGUUCACCCUGUGAACCAGGAUCACACUGUCAUAGAAAAUUUAACAAAUGAGUCCCCAUCAAUCACACAUAAAAACUCAGGGAUUGAUGAUUGUGAAAGUUCAAGGUGUGAUGAUUCAUUGAUUUCACAAGCAAAAACAUCUGCCAGUAUGGUCAAAGUCAAUAGGAAAAGGGCUAGGUCUGGUGAAAGUGGCAGGCCAAGACCAAAGGACAGACAGCAGAUUCAAGAUCGAGUUAAAGAACUGCGGGAGAUAAUACCAAAUGGAAUCAAGUGCAGCAUUGAUUCCUUAUUGGCACGCACCAUUAAACACAUGAUCUUUUUGCAAAUUGUAACCAAGCAUGCUGAAAAUUUAAAGCAGAGCUGUGAGAAAAAGGUUUUUGAUAUGGAUAACCACAUACUCGCAAGAGAUAAUCUUGAAGGUGGUGCUAGUUGGGCACUAGAGCUCUGUGGUCGAACUAUGGGGUGUCCUAUUAUUGUGGAGGAAUCAACUCAACAUCGACAAAUGAUUAUAAAGAUGGUUUGUGAGGAACAGGGACUCUUUCUUGAAAUAGCAGAUAUCAUUCGGAGCUUAGGGCUUACUAUUUUGAAAGGCAGCAUGGAAGUUCGUAAUGAGAAGAUCUGGUCACACUUUAUUGUUGAGGCAAAUCAAGAUGUUCACAGGGUGGAGGUUUUGUGGUCACUUGUGCAAUUAUUGCACCUAACUCCAAGAACAGAUCAAUAACUUGUAUUCAGCCUGUUUCACCCAGGUCUCAGGGCAUUGAAAAUAAUUUUCAAUCGUACAAUAUGCUCUAGCAAUUUCUGCAACGCUCCUCAUUUGACGUAUUUGACACAUGGAGAUAUCUCCAAUAUUCUCCUUCAACCAUGGCUGGGAGGUUGCAGACAUAACUAGCUAUGUGUUUUAAAUAAAAUCAUGGCUGAUCUAGUUUCUGUUUUUGCAAAUGUGAAUAAGUUUAUUAAUGACUUAUUGAUGAACUGGUCUGCCUCUUGUGAAUAUCACUGUAAUGCAAGUUGUUUCUAGAAGUUCCAGGAUUUGUAUUUUCUGCAGGAUUGAAACCAAGUUAACCUUGCGAUUAGUGUUUUCAUUUUCUUUCCGUAUGGAAGAAUGAGAUUAAGUCAUUGUGAAAUUCAAUUCACAACUCUGACUAAAGGUAUUGUGGAGGCCUCUUAGUAUUUAACGUGUUUCUUAUCUGCUGGGAAAAUUUCUAUUGAACACUUCCCCACUUGUAAUAUAUUUUGGUUAUUAUAUUCUGAAUAUCUAGGGAAAACUUUUCCAUUU